UCUCAUAAUAAAUUUUCCUUUAAUAACUCACAUUUAUUUCAGGUGGGAAAAUUGCAAAAGUAAUUGUUAACAGACUGGAAGAUGUAUCAACACCUAGACCACAAAUCAAAGUCCAGAUCAAGAUCGAGAAGCAGGAGGAUGAAUUUGGAGAAUGUGAAUUUGCAACUAGCAACGUCAAAGAUGAGUCAUCCUCACACAAUGGUUCAACUUCCAAUCAGAUGGCGAGAGUUAAGCAGGAGAAUGAUAGCAGCCAAGAACCAGCGCCAGAGUGCAGCACUGCAUGCUCUCCAACUGAUGGUGAUUUCAGCCAACAACAUUAUCUAAUCCCUGGCUAUAAUCUAAUAUUCAUCAAAGAGGAAGAAUAUGUUGAGCAAGAGGCAGAAGGAUUUUCAGUGGAGAGUGAACCGGAGAUGUGGCCUUCAAACUGCAGCACAUCCGAAACUGCCAAUGCUACAAAAGUGGGUGAACUGAAUGCACAUUCAAUCUCUCCAGUGGAAAAGUGCACUGAGCCAUCUGUGACUGGCAAAAAGAUCAAGCUCUACAGCUGUGCUGACUGCAGCUAUGAAACAAGAUGGAUCUAUCAUUUGAAAAGACACAUGAGAAAACACACUGGGGAAAAGCCUUUCAGUUGUGAGUUAUGUGACUAUAAAUGUGCUCAAUCAAGUGCUUUGAAAUCACAUAUCAGAACACAUACAGGAGAAAAACCUUUUAGCUGCGAGUAUUGUGACUAUAAAUUUGCUCAAUUUGGUACUUUGAAAUCACAUAUCAGAAAACAUGUUCUGAGUAUAGGCCCACACCUUGACUCUAUUCAAAUUGCCAGGGUCACCCUGGGCUUGCGUCUGGGGAGGGGCAGAGUAGGGGAUGCUGCUCACAGUGUGGUGUUUGCCGGCUGGUGGUUGAAGCGGUCUUUUGCGGACGGCUGGGCUCCCCGUGGUUUUCGGUGUCCUCCAGAUACACCACGGUUGUCAUCUCACAAGACUGAAAUUCUCUUCUUUCUGAGAGGCCAUGCUUUUGCACUACCCGGAGGGAGGGGAGUCGCUAGGAGUGGUGGGAGAGUAGUGGCAGUCGUCACUGUCCAUGUAGUGCAUGGCAACAGGUCAAAACUUAUCAGAAAUGGUCCAGGUGUCUCCCUGACCUCAAACGAGCCUUUGUGGCUGAUUCCGGUUUACCUCCAGAUCAAGUGGUGUUCGGUUCGUCAUCUUAGGGACCCCUACGGUGUGCAACAGGUCACCUAA